AUGGCCGAAUUAGAGAGCAUGGAAUGACAGGAGGAAUAACAACAAGUCUUAUCCUACGGCCAUCAAGUGAAAUAGUGAGACGGUCUGUGCAACUAAUUUCUGGGAAUUCCGAAGUACCACAAACUGGCGACGAGGAUGGGAUCCAACAGAAGACAGAAAGCAGUACGGCCAACACUGAUCGGACGUUUGAGGAAUAGAAUUUAACAUACCGAAUAAGUAAGUGACCAUGUUCCUAUCACGAUCUGGGACUGGGGCGCUAAGGCAAUAUUUGAAGGGCCGUUCAAUUCAGGCAAUGCUCAGUUCGGACGCUCUAAAUUCAACUACAUGGGCACCAAAUAGCGUCCGCACUGUCCAGGACCAGUGGCGCUCUCGGUUUGAGCAGGAGAAGAUUCCCGAACCCACCACUUCAAUUACUAACAUUUUAGCCCAUGUGUUAAAACUGGCCUGUCCUGGAGAUGUAGAAAAGCAUCAAAAGCUAGAACUAAGCAAAGAGCAACUUUCGCUACUGGCUGAUUUGUGUGAAUGUCGAAUGGCCCGUAUGCCCAUACAGUAUGUCAUCGGGCAAUGGGAUUUUGGUGAACUCACACUGAAGAUGGCACCGCCUGUGUUCAUACCGCGACCGGAAACGGAAGAGCUGGUUGAGCUGAUUCUGCAACAAAUCGAUACUGACAAAGAGUUUAGAUUUCUCGAUGUGGGAAUUCCGAAGUACCACAAACUGGCGACGAGGAUGGGAUCCAACAGAAGACAGAAAGCAGUACGGCCAACACUGAUCGGACGGUAUUUGGGAUCUUCGUUGGAUGCGAUUCAACUCGACGAGGAAUGAUUUUUGAUCUAACCUUGAAAUGGGUAAUCGGACGGAAGGUUGUUGAUUGCAAAUAAAAAAAAAAGUAAGUAGACAAACAUUUACUAAAGAACUGCUAUAAAUUACUUCAAUAUUACUUCGGAAGUGAAGUAAUAUUUUGAAAAGCAAAAAUCUAUUCAAUGAUGAAAUAAUGGUGUUGGAGAUACGAGACACUUCGUUGUGCGCUAGUUGCGAGUGUGUUAAACUCGGGAAAAACUAAAUAUAUGUAUAUUGAAUAAUGAAAUAUAUUUAACAAAAUUCAAUACGAUACUAUAAAUACAAAUAAAAGAAAAAAAUCGUGAAAUUUGGUACGGUGAAUGUCGGGAUAAAGAAUGCCGAAGUUUAUUGUUUCUUCGUUUGAAAUUAUUCGCGGUCCUCAAGAAAUUAAAAAUUAACUAAAAAAAAAAAAAAAAAAAGAUUGAUAAAGUUCAAUAACAUCUUCGGAGAAGAUUGUAAGCAUAAGUACAUUUAAGAAAAUGCAGAUUUAGUUCGUUGACGGAAUCUGUUAUCAAAGUUUGUUUCGACCAUACAACAUUUUAACAUAAAAUCUAUUAGGACAGCUUAAGUUAAUAUGCGUAUUUUGCGAGCAAGAUGAAUGUUUCGUAUGAUAUCAAUAUUUCGUUUGAUAUCAAUCAAUCGUAAUCAAUAUUUUAUUGUGACUUGAAUGUCAAAUAACUAAGGAGGAACUUAAGAUAGGCAUAUGAAUAGAACAGAUAUGCCAUCAGUGUUUUAUGUUGCCAUAAAGGUGAAUUAAAAAUUGGCCUGAUGAUGCAAAGAGAAGAUAGUAUAAAAUAUAUAAAAUCCUAUAUAAUAAUAUGAUAUACAAAAGGCAUCGGAAAAAGUUGAUGAACGAGGAAUUUAUUAAGAAUAAUUGGAUGUGCUUGUCAUUGCACGGGUCUUUGUGACUGGAAAAUAGCGAGCUAUGGAUAGCUUCGGAAUUCUUAAAAGGUGUUGGUAAAUGUUAUGUAACAUGGACCUCUUCGGAGGUUGAUUGAAUGUGCUGUAUUAUCAGGCACGGGACUUUAAGUUCGCUGAAUGUGUUUAUUAAGAGAAACACGGACCAAAUAGGUCGGGAUAAAUGUGCUGCGUAGUCAGGCACGGAACUUUAAAAAAGUUCGCUAAAUGUGUUUAUCAAGAGAAACACGGGCCAAAUUGGUCGAGAUGAAUGUGCUGCGUAGUCAGGCACGGGGCUUUAAAAGUCCGCUUAAUGUGUUUAUUAAAACACGGACCCACCGGGUUGAGAUUAAGAUGCAGCUGAUAGCUGACAUGGGUUCUAGGAACCUGUUAGGAUUAAUUGCCGGAUUACCGUGGAGAUCCCAGACGAAUUUAUUUACAGACAAUAAGUGGACUGUAUUCUAUUGCACACACACACAGCAUGAUCACUACAAAUGCGUGCAACAGGGUUUUAUCGUAUCCGUUAAUUGUGAUGUAAAAAGCGGAAAUGAUUUUUCUGUGGGAUCGCGCUGUAGGUUUUGGCAUUAACAGCACCGUUUAUGUGUUUGUAUGAACACAGACUAUAUUGAGGUUGAUACUGCGAAAAUUGCAGAUGU